CUCAGAAGAUUAACAUAUUUCCUUCCAUCAAUACCUUAACAACAUUAACCCUGACCUCAAACUAACUAUGGAGUACAGCAAGGAUAACAUUCAUUUUUUCAUUAGUAAAAAUGACAAAGGUUGUUUGCACACAUCAAUCUUUAGGAAGCCCACAGAUGGGAAUACCAUUCUGAGGGCAGACAGCUUUCACCCCAAAAGGCUAAAAGAAAACAUUCCAUAUGGCCAAUUCCAAAGAGUCCGCAGAAUUUGCGAUCAGGAAACAGACUACAGUGUCAAACCUGCUGAAUUGGAGAAUCGCUUCUUGAAUCGGGGCGACAACGUUCAGGUCCUGAAAGAUGCCGCUAUCAGGGCUGGAUUACCUGACAGAGAGAACUUGUUUGAGAAGGGGAGAGCCUUGUGAUACAUCGGAGAGAGUGUAUGUUGUUACAAAUACAGCACUGAAGCAGAGAGCAUUAAAAUAAUCAGUCAAAAUAAUUGGGGAAUCAUCCAAAGUGAUACGCUACUAUGCCAAGUCUUCCCUGAGCCACCAGUCAUAAGCUUUAAGAGAUGUCCUACCCUAAAUGACAAAUUAGUCCACAGUUAUCUUCCGGGUGACUCUCAAAAAACUUGGCUUGACCACACACCCAAGGGCUCCUUUAAAUGUAACCAUUGCAAACAUUGCAGUAAUAUUGCACAGAAGGAAGUAUUUUGUUGACACAGCUUCCUAAAUGGAGUAUUACGUCAAGCAUUUCAUUAACUGCAAAACCACUCAUGUCAUCAAUAGAUUGGAAUGUCCACAGUGCAAGGUGUUCUACAUUAGACGGACAAAGAGACGCCUUCGAGACGCCUACACCAUGGCAACCCUGCCUCCCUACAAGCUAUGGAUCUUAAAGUGGGAGGUGAGUUCGUGUUGACGCCUGACAAGUCCACAGUACCUGACCCCAUCACAAGCAUCCUAUGGAAGCAUGGGAAGAACAAGGUGGCAGAGUGGGACAAUGAUUUUGGUGGUCUGGAUAUCUAUGGUCUCUUCAGAGGCCGCACAACCCUGGACCAGACUACUGGAGAGCUGAGACUCAGUGGAUUGAAGAAAACAGACAGUGGAGUUUAUUCUGUGGAGUUCAACAGCAAACUGCUUGACCAGACAUAUGCAUUAUCUGUUAUCAAGGCAGUCCCCAAACCCACCAUCACUUCUUCCUGUAACCCAGACAAAACCUCCUGCACUCUGACCUGUGAGGGCAACACCACUGAUGCUGAACCAGUCAUCUACAGCUGGAAAAAGGGAGAGAGGGCGUGGGAGGUCUUAGACAAACAGCUAAGUGUCUCUAAGAACGACACUGGCAAAUCAGCCAAUGGUAUCAAGUACACCUGCAAGCUGAGUAAUGCUGUUAGUUCGCAAGUCAGUGAGCCAGUGGUAGAGGUGUUUGGUCCAGAGCAUUCCAGUAUCGGUGCUGUUGUUGCUUUGGUUGUCGUUACCAUUGUAGCGUUUGCUGUCAUAAUAGCAGCUGAAGCCAGCGGAUCCAACAGUCCUACAGUUCAGUCCAAGCCUGAGGCUGGUGGUCUUCCUGGUGGGGUAACUGAGGAGCAGAAACAUGGGGUUUGAAGGCUCUCAGUACAUGACUCCUUAUGUUACAUUGAGACAAACGACCAAGAAGAGAGAAACAUGUUUGAACUGUUGGAGAUGUUUUUAAUGAAAUGUACAUUUAAAAUGAAGGAAAACAACAGGCGAACGUUGCACAAAGUAACAUGCAUUCAAUCAGAUGAAGUACAGUGAGCUACAAAUGUAUUGUGUCAGUGACAUAUUUUGUUGUUUUGGCUCUGUAUUCCAGCACUUUGGGUUUGAAAUGAGAUCAUGACUAUAAAGUUAAAGUUGCAGACUAUCAGCUUUAACCCAAUAUGGAUGAGAAUAACCUCAAAUUAAAGCUGACAGUUUGCACUUUAACCUCAGUUGUUGUAUCAUUUCAAAUCCAAAGUGCUGGAGUACAGAGCCAAAACAACCAAAAACAGUGUCACUGUCCCAAUACCUUUGGAGCUCACUGUAUAAUGUGAUGAACAGUGUGCUUUAUGAACUUACAGUACUUCAGAAAUAUGAGGGCAAUAUUUGUAUCUCAGAACAUUUUGAUGAUGGACAAAAGUAUCUUCUACUUUGUGGUAAAUAGCUUUGUGGAUUCUUAUCCUUUCUCAGUAUUCAUGCCUCGUCUUUACAAAUCUCAAUCAAUUUGUGCAGGUUGUUUGAAGACAUAGUAUCAAUCACUUUGUGGUUGUAUGAUUCCUUUUCAGGUAUUUUCUCCAGAGCGCUUUAUGCCAACCAAAUGCACUUUCUGUUUUAAAUCGCAGCUUGUGAAUGUCUUAUCAUUUCCUAAUUGACUAAUUCUUAAAGCCUUCACUUGACUUAUGUCAAGUAAUUUGUACAGGAUGUUAUUGUUUUAAUUAUAAGAAGGAGAGCUCUGUAGUACUGAGAUGUAUUACUAAAACAUUUUAAUGCCUUAAUAUUUGAAUGUUGUCUUCGUGAAAUUACCAUCUGGUAAAUAUCUAUUUUCACAAUAGAAUUUUGUGACGAGGAUUUUAAGAUGUAUAUUAUUUUCUCUGUAUCUGUACAUCAGUCUGUGAUGGACCAAUUAUGGACCACAGUAAGGGGUACCACUUGUUGCCACCAGAUUGUUGCGAACAUUUGUUGGGCAAGACCACUAACCUGGUAUAUCCCAGGUUUUAGUUUUGUUACUGGUAUGUCCCAGGUAAUUCUGUUACAGAAGAAGUUAUGAAUUAAGACCAGCCACAUUGCUUUAUUUUUAGGUCUGGACUGUUCUAUAAUGGAGUCCAGGCACAUUUAAAGACAUGUACCUGUACAAUCAUUGUAUGUAUCUCUGUUUAACUUCUUGAAACUCCCCAUCCCGGAUCCGGGAUCGUGACUAAAGCCUCAGGCUCAUUAGCAUAACGCAACGUUAACGAUUUCUGAAAAUCGCAAAUAAAAUUAAAAUAAUGCGUUUGCUCUCAAGCUUAGCCUUUUCUUAACAACACUGUCAUCUCAGAUUUUCAAAAUAUGCUUUUGAACCAUAGAAAUUGACUAAUUUGUGUAAGAGCAUGCAAAGCUAGCAUAGCAUUUUGUGUAGCAUGUAGCACGCAACAUUUUCACAAA